CGAUAUCUCGUAUUCUGUUCAUUGCCAAUCGUUUCAAAAAUAACUAAAACGUAUAUUUAUUCUUACGGAAGGAAAUAUUUUCUUUGAAUAAUUUACUUUGGGUUGAGAAUAUAAGUUGGUGAUGAAAUAAAUCUUAAGGAAUGAAAACCAGGACACGGCCAGGACACAGGAAGUUGCUUUAUUAAAACUGGAACGUAAGGAUGGCUAAUAUUAGUCUAUGUAAUCCAAGUAGAUUUUGGAUCAAUAAAGAGCAACCAAAAACACAGAUACUAUACCUGACUAUAUUCAAAGGAUUUUCUUAUUGAAAACGACAUGUGCAUGAUAAAAUAUAUAUUUAAAAUAUUUAAUUACAUAGAAUUAUGGUUUCAUAAUAUUAAACUGAAAUAGAAACCAAUAUCAAUUGUUUCUUAGUUGGAAUAUAUUCAAAUAUUUUACAUAAAUUAAUACGUAAUAAAUCAUGAAGUUACUUGAGAGUUCUCGUUUUGAGGCAAUCAACAAUGCUCUUUCUAUACAAACAAGCGGUAUCACAAUAUUUGGACGCAUAGAGAGUUACUCAUGGUGCGGAAGCGCCCCUCGGUCGGUCGGGCGGGAGGUGACCUGUACGUAUGCUGCCGUUCGAAACAAAAUGGUAGCAGCUGAAAAAGUUUUAUAUAAGAGAUUUACUGCUGAAUCGCAUGGACACGAUCUUCAGGCAUUGUCUCCACCGCAAACUCUGGUCGACUUUUCACCAAACUUUCGACGAAACAAUAGCCAGUCUGGAGAUGAAGGAAUAACUCUUUGUGAUACCAUAUCCAGAAAAACAUUAUUUUACUUAAUUGCAACUUUAAAUGCUUCUUUUGAGCCAGAUUAUGACUUCUCAGAGGCUAAGUCGCAUGAAUUCAGCAAGGAGCCGUCAUUGCAAUGGGUUAUGAAUUCAAUACAUUCAAAUUUAUCAGCUCUUGCAGGAGAUCAAUAUCAAGUUAUUCGCCAGCCAUUAUGGUCUGCUGUUGACGAUGAAGUGAACUUAUCAGAAUGUGACAUAUAUAGUUAUAAUCCAGAUCUAAGCUCUGAUCCAUUUGGAGAACCCGGAUGCGUGUGGUCAUUUAAUUAUUUCUUUUAUAAUAAGAAAUUAAAACGUAUUGUAUUUUUUACAAGUCGAGCUUUAAAUUCCCUUUAUGCUGGUGAAACGUCGGACUUCUCAAUGGAAGAGGACGUAUAUUGAAUAUAAGACCUUUGUAAUUAGCAAAACGUCGUGUUUUGCACAGUUUUCAGUUUAAAUAAGUAAAGUGUAUCGUUAUUGAACUAGAAUAAGAACCAAACUCCAAAAUUAAAACAUUAAUAUAAGUAUGACUAAUAUAAUAAAAAUAAUUUAAUUGAUUUAAUUAAAAAAAAA